AGCGGUGCACUGUGGGAUGGGAGACCGGCGCGCCGGGACAGCGGGCAUCUCGGGGCACCGGGCAGAGGCGCGGUGCGCGAGGAGGGGCGCGAGCGGUCGCGGGCGGCAGCGCCAUGAACGCGGCAGUGGUGCGGCGGACGCAGGAGGCUCUGGGCAAGGUUAUCCGGAGGCCGCCGCUCACCGAGAAGCUGCUCAACAAGCCACCGUUCCGCUACCUGCACGACAUCAUCACUGAGGUGAUUAGGAUAACUGGCUUCAUGAAGGGCCUCUACACAGAUGCUGAGAUGAAGUCAGAUAACGUCAAGGAUAAAGAUGCAAAGAUUAGCUUCUUACAGAAGGCCAUAGAUGUGGUCAUGAUGGUGUCAGGAGAACCCUUGGCAGCAAAACCAGCUAGAAUUGUGGCCGGGCACGAACCUGAAAGAACCAAUGAGCUGCUUCAGUUGAUUGGCAAGUGCUGCCUCAACAAGCUCUCCAGUGAUGAGGCUGUGAAGAGAGUCUUAGCUGGGGAGAAGGGGGACUCGAGAGGUCGGGUCCUGAGGACGUCGAAAGCACAAGAGCCCGACAACAAGAGUGUGAAGGAGGAAGAGUCCAGAACACAGAAAGAGGAGAAACGAAGCUCUGAGGUGAAGGAGAGAAGCGCAAGUGCAGAGCACAAACAGAAGGAGGAACUGAAGGAAGACAGCAAGCCUCGGGAGAAGGAGAGAGACAAGGAGAAGGCAAAGGAGGCUGACAGAGACCGACACAGAGAACCCGACAGGGACAGAAACAGAGACGGAGAGCGAGAGAAAGUCAGAGCACGGGCCAAGCAGGACAGGGACAGAAACAACAAAGAUCGGGACAGAGAGACUGAAAGGGACAGGGAUAGGGACAGGAGGAGUGAGGGUGGGAAAGAAAAAGAGAGGCAGAAGGACCGAGACCGUGACAAGGGAAAAGACCGGGAACGGCGGAAAUCGAAGAAUGGAGAACAUACCCGGGAUCCUGACAGGGAGAAGAGCAGAGAUGCAGACAAGUCAGAGAAAAAGUCAGCAAAUUCAGGGGAGAUAUCUAAAAAGUUGUCAGAAGGAUCUUUCAAAGAUGUCAAAGCAGAGAUGGAGGCUGACAUUUCUGUGGGAGCAUCCAAGUCUUCAACGUUAAAAGCAUCAAAACGGCGAUCCAAGAAUUCACUGGAAGGAAGGAAAGAGGAUAAUAUUUCAGCUAAGAUUUUAGACUCCAUAGUGUCGGGACUAAAUGACGAACCAGAUCAGGAAACGACAGCUCCAGAAAUAGGUAAGAGAAAUGCAUCCUUCAAAGCCAAUACUAACUCAACUAGUAUUUCAGAUGAUAACUCAGCUAGUCUGUGGCGGGAGAACGCUGAGCCAGAGCCAGCAGUAAAGCAGAAAGGUGACUCUCCCAGCGACGCAGAAGGAGAAGCUGUACCUACUGGCCAAGAUAAGCUGGAGGUGACAGAGAAUGCAGAAGUCUCAAAUGAGCUUCCCUCCAGCCUCAGAAGAAUACCUCGGCCUGGGAGUGCACGGCCAGCACCUCCCAGGGUCAAACGACAAGAGAGCACAGAAACACUGGCAGGGGACAGGUCGGGAAGUGGUAAGACGGUCUCCACUGUGAUCAUCGACUCCCAGAACUCCGACAAUGAGGACGAUGAGCAGUUUGUGGUGGAAGCUGCCCCUCAGCUGUCAGAAAUCGCAGAAAUUGAAAUGGUGCCAUCAGGGGACCUGGAGGAUGAGGAGAAGCAUGGUGGGCUCGUAAAAAAGAUCUUGGAGACGAAGAAGGAUUAUGAGAAACUGCAGCAGUCUCCCAAGCCUGGUGAGAAGGAGAGAUCCCUUAUCUUCGAGUCAGCAUGGAAGAAGGAGAAGGACAUCGUUUCCAAGGAGAUAGAGAAGCUCCGUGUGUCCAUCCAGACCCUGUGUAAGAGCGCACUUCCCCUGGGAAAGAUCAUGGACUACAUUCAGGAGGACGUGGAUGCCAUGCAGAAUGAGCUGCAGCUGUGGCACAGCGAGAACCGGCAGCAUGCCGAGGCCCUGAGCAAGGAGCAGAGCAUCACAGACAGUGCGGUGGAGCCCCUGAAGGCUGAGCUGUCUGAGCUGGAACAACAGAUCAAAGACCAGCAGGACAAGAUCUGUGCGGUGAAGGCCAACAUCCUGAAGAAUGAGGAGAAGAUCCAGAAAAUGGUGCACAGUAUCAACCUGUCAUCACGAAGAUGAGUGGCCAGCACUGCAGAGCUGGAACCAUCCUCCUCAUGAUGGACAAGGGGCAGGAACCGCCCCACUGAGCCCUGUCUGCUAAGACGAUGGCCUGCUGUGCCCUGACCCAGCUAAGGUCAGAGCUUUCAGUUUAGGCACUAAACUAUUAAAAGGCUGUGUUUCCUCCUUCCAGCUGCGGUACUCACUGCUUACAAAUAGCCCCAGCUCGCCUUUGUGGGAGGGCUUCUUUGUUUGUUUGUUUGUUUGGUUUUUUUUUUUUUUUUUUUUUUUUUUUUUUUUUUUUUUUUUUUUUUUUUUUGCAAAUACGUUUUUUCUGCUGCAGCCUGUUUGACCCUAUACCCUAGUUUUAGCAGGUAAGUUGUCUCAUCCUACUGGGCAAACAGCAGACUUUUGUUUCUGCUUUUGUGCCUCCCAGAAGGACUUCAUACUGGCACGGAGCAAAGGACAGCUAUGUAUUUUUGGUGGGUAUUUUAUAAAUAGAAUGAGGCCUGAAAUGUUUAAAUUGCCAUUUCAUUUCUACCUGAAGGGCGUCAUUUCAGCCCAUGUCCUUGUAAGGUGCCUGUCGCCUGUGUGGGGUUGCCGCCCUCUUACUGCACAGGCUUCUUUCUGCAUCCUCUGCAGAUUUGCUGUCUGCAUUUCUAUCCCUUAACGCUCAUAGGCUGAGAAGGAGGAUUUAGCAUAGCCUCUAUGGGCAUUGUGUGAUGGGAACCUGUCACAGGCUUACCACUGAGGCUUUCUGCAGCCCCCAGCAGCAUCCAGCUCACUCCUGAUGGAUGAGCAGUCCCCCAAGCCACCUUAAGAGGACAUUGUCGCAUGAAGAGGUAGCAUGGUCCUUCUCCGUGAAGGCGUGCUCCGAGAGUUGGGAGUGAGGAGAAACUGUGAGGAAGAGAGUACACCAAUUUACAAUUUGUGUUUAUUUUCCUUUUUUAAAGAUCCUUUUUUUUUUAAAAGUAAAGUUGUUUUUUUUAAAAAUGGUUUUUACUCAGUUUUUCACCUUCUGUAAAUACGUAUUAAGGUCUUGAAUUAUCGUAUAAAGGAUCUCUCUGUGUUUGGAGAUGUUCUUACUGGCAUAAGGUCUGAGGUGUUCCUUACGUUUCUGGGUAUUUAUUAUGUACACUACGUUGAACCCUGGGAAGUGUGAAGACUGCCUUAGCACGGUUUUGUGCCUCAAGGCUUAGCACAGGUGGCACAGCCAGUGUUUCUCAGUCAGUGGAAGGCAGCAGCCCAGUUCUCAGGGGGGCCUGGACAUGGUGGAGAUGUCGCUCAGCCUCUGAGUCUCUCCUGUCUGGAGCAUACCACCCCACCCUGCCAAACAGAUGCUUCCAAACAGUUUAGGAGAGGGAAGGAUUGCUUGCCAACCAGCCUCUGUAUGUUCAUGAUCUCUUUUCGACGGAAUUCAAAAACUUAGCCAUAACCCUAAGUGGACCCCAUAUAUACCAAGUUAAUAUAUAUACAUGUACAUGUAUAUAUAUAUAUCCUUUUAUGAAUUUGUAUAUAUGAAUAGAAUUUUUAUGUUGAGAAAAUUACAUACAUUGUAUGUGAGUAAAAUUUUAUAUGCUGUAGUCUAUCAGAUUGUAUCAUAAAGUUUUAUUUUUCUUUUUUAUGUAAAUCAUUAAAAUAAUCACCUAUUUUUCCUAUAA